AUGGAAGGAACAAGUAGCGACCAUUUUCCCACUACCAUUGCUUGUAUACCAGAACUAGUCUACGAAGUUCUCGAUGUUUUACCGGCUCGUAGCCUCUACACCUGUACGCAGGUCAACCGUCUAUGGUAUCACGUGGCAUCGUCCGUGCUGCGCAAGCGCGUCAGCUGUAGCGCGGUGUUCGUUCAGGAGCGCUGCAUCGAGCAUUCGGAGGCCGAGGAAUAUUGCGGGAGUUUGAACUCGAAACCCAGUGUUGUGUUUUUGUUUACAUACGAGGACGUCUGGCUCAGUAGACGAGACAAGCCCCGGAGAAGAGGAAUCGAGAGACAACUUGUGAAAUCCGUAAGACACUUAUACGAUGAACUUCCCGAGGACUGUCAGCUUCUGGGCUGUACCACGGAGAAGCUUAUUUACCAUAUACCGGAGAACUACCCUGCCGGGCCCGUGCAUAAGAAGCGUGGUCACGUGGCUAUAUCAUUCCCGGAAGUUGCCGGAGUGAAGUAUCAUACUGUUCACGUGCGUCAUUUGAGAUAUCACAACCGUGAUUGGUCGAGAUUGUUCAGGUUUGCCGUCAAUCUUCCCGUCAAACUAGCCAUAGUCCUUGCAUUGCCACACAGCAGAGAUAUGAUCGCGCAUAUCGCUUCAGGUGUUCGUGAAACGUUUGGUGAAGGAGUGACUGUUCUCGGAGGAGUUGGUCAUGAUCGCCUGUUUAUGGACGGCACGGUACGAAGAACACGAGCCCUUGUUCUCUUGAUCAGCGGUGCUGCAUUUGGAGUACGCGCGGGCUUCCUCAACCAACCAGUGACGACCAUAGGCGAAGAACGAACGGACUUUUACGAACCAGCUCGAGCUAUGAUCCAGGAACUUGAGCAGGACAAUUUUCGGCCUGCAGUAGCUUUAGUUUUUACAUCGAGAUUUGUACAUCGGGGAAACUCGUAUUUCUCGAGUGCUCACGGAAUAUUCCGAGACAAUUUUCCGAACAUUUUGUCCGGGGGCUUUUACUCCUACGGGGAGUUCUGCAUGAGGAACGGAGACCCGGGAAGGACUCUCGAAAGAUGCAAAGAAUUUAUGAAGUAUAAUUCUUCAGUGUUCUGCGUCUGUGGGUAUGACAGAGCAGCGGCAGCACCAUGAGCGCUAUUCUUAGAAAAAUAUCCGGAAUAAUGGAUAAUAUACAAUAAUUGAAAUACACGAAAUUCUGAAACACCCGUUUGAUUUUCUAGGAAUACAUAUCCGAAUUAGAAAGUGUU